AUGGCGCCGACCCAUUAUACAUGCGAGCGAUGUCCGUUGAAUGGUGGACAAAAUCAUCGAGUACCCAAGCUUGAUCGAGUGCUGCAUCAAAUAGAUGUGAAAGCUCAGCAGGCAAGGGAUGCGCAAGCUCAGCCAGAGCUCACGGUUGAUCACCUUGCCAAUCUCUUGACCACCGUCGUUACCUUGGACGAUGGGAUCGAUCCGCGGAAUCAACUUCACUCGAAACUAUUCAGCUCGCGGGAUGAGGUUCAAGCCACAGCCCCGGAUAUACCUCUCCAAUACACUCCUGUCUCGGCAGCAGAUGCGUUCGACAGUAUCCAAUCUUUACUCCCUCCGAAGCUGACUCUCCAUACUAUGGCACGGCAAACUCGACAUGAGAAUGAAGCUCUUCUCAAAGACACAUUACAACGUAUUCACGCCGCUCACCGGGAUUUGGACAUGCAUCACGCUCUAAACGACGACAUACGCGACUUGAGACGGUCUCUCGAAAUGGCGACUUCGACUGUCUUACAGGCAGGAAGGCUAUUGGCGAGCAUCAAACCACCCAGCAAGGCAAAAACAGGCUUCUCUGUCCAAGAGAAUGAAGCCUUCAAAUCGUUAUUACAAAUGGUCAAAGACGAAGCCCGUCUAUUGGACUCAUUGAUUGACGUAGUCGGUCGUUUGGUUCCUAAAUCUGUCGUCAAGGACGAAGUCCAAUACGAUUCUGGUAUAUCACCACUUCCAAAACCCCAUUGGAGACUACGAUACGGUGGCGCAAGUUAUGAUUAUCUUGGCUGUAAUCUGCCAUGUUAUCAUUGGAAUUAGCACCAACCCCUGCGACCUUAUCCUCAAAUUCGUCUCCGCUAUCAUCCAACUCACGAUGUCGAUUGGGUCAUCUGAAGAUGAGCGUAGUCCACGGCAAGAUGAUGUUCUGAAGCAGUUGCCCACUAGCUUGGAAACCGCACUGAACAAAUUCAAAAUCGACUCCAAAACCAUCAUCUACGCCACAUGUCCCUCCUGCCAUUGUACUCAUGCGCCAACUGAAGACCGACUUACUGGUGACCCAAUAUAUCCAGAAAAUUGUGUCAACUACGUUUAUCCGCAGCGUGGUCCGGCUAGGGUGUGUGGCAAGCCAAUCCUCGAAAUGCGACAAGGGAAGCUUCGCCCCAUCAAACCCUUCGUCUAUGCACCCUUCUUGGAUUAUUUGGCAGCCACGCUCUCCGAUCCCGAAGUCGAAACUAUGUGUCAAAAUGCCUGCGACAAAGCCUUUCAAGCUGUACAGAAUAUCGUGGCGGACGAUCCCGAUGCGCCCAGAUCAGCGGAGUCGGUAACCAACGUCUUCGAAGCCGAAUUUUUACGCACUUUCCAAGGACCUGUCCCCGAUCAACUCUUCAUCGAACAGGAUGGCCGUCUGAGGCUCGCUUUCGAGGUGAUGCUUGACUUCUUCAACCCCGAUGGAACGAGAAAACGCGGUAAUCAUAACUCGAUUGGUAUUCUCGCUGUCGUUAAUCUCAAUCUUCCGGAAGACAUUCGAUAUCGGCCUGAAUUUAUGUGGAUCAGCAUCAUUUUAGGGCCCGAUGAAGCGAAUUUCGAGGAAAUCAACCACUAUGUUCGUCCUCUUGUUGACGAUUUCGUCAAGGGAUGGGAGCGAGGAAUCUAUCUGUCUCGAACCGCCCUGUACCCGGCGGGCCGACGGGUCGAUAUCAUACUGGCCAUCAGCAUCAAUGAUCUGCCGGCGACUCGGAAGAUUACCGGCAUGGCGGCGGCAUCUUCACAUCAUUUCUGCAUGAUUUGCGAUUGCUAUGGUGUCAACCAGAUGCAUCGUACAGACUUUGAGAACUGGAACCACAAGGACAUCGACACUCUACGGUCUCAAGCUUACGCGUGGCGCGAUGCACCUACGCAAGCGGCACGCGAUAAGAUCUUUGCUGAGCAUGGGGUCCGCUGGUCCGAGUUCUGGCGACUACCUUAUUGGGAUCCCACUCGAAUGACUGCUGUUGACUCAAUGCAUUGCAUUCUCGAAGGAUUGGUUCACUAUCAUUGCCGUAAGGUUCUUCGUAUCGACGCCACUGCCGCUCAACGGAAGGAGCAUCUCGGUGCUGCUUUUGAAUACGAUUGGGUUGACUAUGACCCUGCUGCGUGCCAUCCAGAUUACCACCUCAAAAAUCCAGCCAAGGAGGUCGACCAAGUUCAUCGUAUUCACAAAAUCCUUGAACAACCGUUGUCAACGCCAAACGACGACGAGGGUGAUACUGAGAUGCUCGACAUCCCUACGGUCAACGUCGACCAAAUGCGUGUGAGCCUCAUGAACACCAAUCUCCCUGCCCUUCGCUUCGUCGUCAACUCCCUUGGACUUGAUUUGACCCGAGUCAAAACAAAAAAGUUAUGCUGCGAUCAGCUUCUUGCCUGGGUAAGACGCUUGAUCUUACUCCCAAGCUCGUUACUGACCAUUCGUUAGCGCUUCACCAAGCCUCGAUUCAACCCCGACUCCAUUCGCAGAUCCAUCAAUCUUCCCGAUCUCAAAUUCAUUCAAACCGUCAUCGUCAACACUCAUACCCCUUCCUGGAUUGGAUCCGUCCCGCAUAACUACGGGGAAAGCAAUGCGGGGACCAUCAAGGCGGCUGAGUGGCGAAUUUUGGCCACAGUCUACUUACCGAUUGCGCUGGUUCUCCUCUGGGGAGAUCUCGUCCCAGAAAAUGGUCGUUUACAGGCGCUGCUUGACCAUACAAUGGCACUGUUCGCUGCGGUUACCAUCGUCUGUCGAAAUACGAUGAGUUUCACGCGGGCGACUCAAUAUCGUCAAUCACUCAAGCAAUGGGUCGACGGCCUUCCUGUACAUCACCCUCACACCAAAACACAACCAAUGCGGCCCAAUAUUCAUGUUGCUUUCCAUAUCUACGACUUCCUCAUCGCAUUUGGCCCCGUUACUUCCUGGUGGUGCUUCCCCUUCGAGCGAGUCAUUGGUUUAUUGCAAAGAGUUAACACCAAUCAUCAUGUUGGCGGACAGCUCGAAGCAACGCUCACGAAAUCUUUCAUGCGUGGUGCCUAUCUGCGUCGCUGGCUUCGCCGGCCUGAUUGCCCUCAGGUCAUUCGAGAGCUCAAGCAGUUAUUUGACCAAACCUUUCCCUCUUACAACCCUCCCUCCGACUCUCCUCCACGUGCAGCAGAUGGACCGUGCGCGCAUUAUAAAUACAACGGCGUGAAUUUCUCUCGUGCGGAUGUACACGUUGGUAACAGCCUCGUAUUCUACUAUCCGGCCAACUCCACCACGGCAAUCCCUGGGAGUAUCCAAGAGAUCAUGAGUGUGGGGAGGGGAGAUAACAUUAACCAUUCGUCGGCAGACACCUUUGCCGGCUAA